CACCGCUUACUGCCGGUGUCCGGUGAAGAUAUCCACCGCCGGUGACAGACCGAAAUUCUACGACAUGCAACAGAGACUGCAAGUUCUUCAUCAACCUCUCUUCACUCACUUCGAUUCUGCAGUUCAGAUGGUUGGGAAAAGCAUUUCCUACCUUAACGGUUGUAACCGGUUGUGUUUUGUUGGUGUUAUGUUUCACAUGUUUGUAACCGCUUUAAACCGCCACCAACUGCUCCUUCAUGAACUGUUCUUUUCAUUAACUCUGCACUAUGCUAUGAGAUUUUCACAAAAAUGGAGUUCCUAACAACCAGACUCAUUGUCAUUUCACUCUCUGCAUUCUCAUUUUUCCCACUAUCUUGUUCUGAGUAUACAACUUCAGAUAGAUCAAAAUUGCCCAUAUUCGCUUUCAGUUGGUGGGAUGAUAAGGGCACAUUCAAGGCUGGUGAAACAGCAGUUAUUAAGGUCAAAGUGCUUGAAAAUGGUGAUAAGAUUGAUAGAAAUGCUUUUCAGCCUAUACUCACUGUGAAUGGAAAGGAAGGGAAUAGUUCCUAUGUAUCCACGGUGUUCUCGGAUUUCAAAGGAGACUUUGAUGAUUGGAAGAUUUGCUUCGCCCCCAUCAGGGUUGGAUUGUUUAAUGUGCUCAUCAAUGAGGACCGUUAUAAAGUUCUUGAUUCGUCACUGCAUUUCCAAGUCGAGCCAGGGAACAUGUACCCGUCUGUGUGUGUGGCAUCAUGGAAAGGCCUUAAAUAUGAGUUUGAAGCUGGUUCUAAAGCUACAAUUAUGGUGCUCCUCAAAGAUGCAUUUGGGAACAGUAUCUCCAAGACGAAUGACGUGUCCUAUUUACCUGAUUUUAAGUUGUUUGUGUUGAGCGAAAAUGGUUCUGUUACAAGUGAGCCAGAUAUCUCCAACAUGGGGUGGAAUGAGUUUGAUUAUAUAGUCAUUGAGUUUUUUGUGAUGCAAGCUGGAAACUUCUCCUUGCUCAUAGAAGGAGGAAAUCAAACCUUGAAUGGUUCUCCAUUACCAUUAAAAGUGAAUCCAGGAGCUAUAGAUGUCUCUAACUGUAUGGCCAAAUGGAACAUUGAACCACAUGCAUGGCAAUUGGCUUCCAAGAUGGAAAUCUUUAUACAUCAGUUGGAUCAAUAUGGAAAUCUGGUUUCUGGAUUGUACCCAUUUGAUGCUGACAUUGUUGAAAGAGAUACAAACUUGACAAUACCUAUAGCAGAUCUUCUCUUUGAGGAAGUGGAUUCUGGGAUUCAGUUGUUUUCCUUUAGCAAUCUGGAGCCAGGGAACUUCCUGCUAACAAUAUAUGAUAGCAAGCAUAAUAAGAGCAUUUCCAAUAUGCCAUAUGUUUAUACUGUUUUUGUUGGUUAUUGUGAUGGGGUGAAAAGUGUUGUAAAUGGAUCUGGUUUAAAUGAUUCAGUAGCUGGAGUAAGGGCAGAGUUCUCUGUAUAUUUGAAUGACAUCUAUCAAUAUCCUUCCCCAGUGGAAGCAGACAUACUUCAAGUACAAAUCUUAAGAGAAAAUGAUAACUACAGUGUUUCGCCAACCAUAUAUCCUAAGCUAAAUAAAAAUGGGAGCAUAAUAGCUUCAGGAAUGCCAUAUGAUGGUAUAGGUCGCACGGAAGCUGCCCCGUCUCCUUCUAUAUCGUUGAGCAACAAUUCUGGGAGCAGGAGCCCUGUUGUAGCCAGUGCAUUUAAUGUGGAAUACACACCAGAUAAAAGUGGCUUUUUCGAUAUUAAUGUAUAUUGUGGAAACAUAAUACUGAAUGAGGGUCAUGCAUUCAGAAAAGAGGUAAAAGCAGGUGAAGUAAAUAUUUCAUUGUCAAGUGUUGCGAGGUUUUCUUCCAAGGUGCCAAAGCUGUCGAAAAAUGAAAUAGUUGUGCAGCUUAUGGAUUCAUAUCUAAACCCUGUUCUCUCACAACAGUCAAAAUUGAAAUUGGAGAUUGCUUCAAUUAAUAUCUCUAGGUUUUCAACUUGGGACACUGUGGAUAAUAAGGAUGGUUCAUACAGCUGCAGCUAUAUGGCUAAAGAUGUUGGCACUUACGAGAUUUGCCCUUCCUUUGAUGGCAAGCGCUUCUUGGCAUGUCCCCUCAGUAUCAAUGUGUACAGUAGUGAAUAUUUUCCCAAAGCCAACAAUGAUACAGUAUCUAUUUGGGAGGAUGAAUCCAUUGCCAUUGAUGUCUUGGCAAAUGAUUAUUUUGCGGGUGACAAUGCACGUAUAGUUGAAUUUUCAAAAUCAGAUCAUGGCUCACUUAUACAGAAUGGAAGGAUCUUUCGCUACACUCCCUAUGAAGAUUAUUAUGGAAAUGAUUAUUUUUGGUACACAAUAUCUGAUAUAAAUGGAAAUCUUGCUACUGCUUCUGUGCACAUAUCCGUUCUCAAUAUUCCACCUCAGUUUGCUUCUGCUCCAAGCCAACUGCAAGCAACAGAGGACUUAAUAAGCCCUAGAUUUGGUGGUUUUUCUGGGUUUGAAAUCACUUACUCAAAUCCAAAGGAGAGUAUUUCUGUCAAUCUGAGUGCAUUAUCUGGAAGUAUACUUCUGUCUCCCUUGGUGAUGCAAUUUGGACAACCAGUGUGGAAUGAACUUUCAAUUAAUACAGGAAAUGAAACAGCAACCAGUUUACUAUUAGAAGGCACUGUGGAAGAAAUUAAUUUUGCGCUUCAGUCAAUUCAGUACCUGGGAAAUGAGAAUUUUUAUGGUGCAGAUACCAUUAAAGUCUCUGCCAAGAAUAAGAAUGGAAUAAAUUCAUUGGGUGUCCCAAUUUUUGUUGAUCCUAUAAAUGAUCCUCCAUAUAUUAGAGUUCCUUCCUUCAUUAUAUUGAGGAGCAAUGAAGAAGAGACCCAUAUCUUUGAUAAAGAGAAAGACAAGUUUGACUUUUUGAUUGGAGAUUCCGAUCUUCCGACUUUCCCUGUUGGGGAGAGUCACUUUCUUGUGUCAUUCUCUGUGGAAGUAAGUGAUGGAUUAUUAGCAACAAAUCUCCCAGCUCAUUUGAUCAAUACAACUGAACUGAAGCACAUGUAUAAUUGUCAGUGGCAACCUCUUCAGACAUAUGUAACCAUCUCAAAGCACUUUAUGGUCAAAGCUACUGGAAUCAGAUUUCAUGGCACAAUCAAUGACUGCAAUAGUGUUAUGCAGCAAUUGUUCUAUCUUGGAGGUGAGCAUGGAGCUGUUUUAACAUUAACAGUGAAUGACAUGGGAAACUAUGGGUGUUAUCCAGGUUGUGCAGAGGGGAUGUCAAUGCCAUUAUACACUGAGGCUAUGGUUAAUUUAAUGAGAAAGACGCCUAUGAGUUCAUUCCUUGCACAUACCUUAGGAUCAAUCAUCGUCAUUGAAUUUGUCAUCAUUUUCUCUCUUGGAGUGUUACUUCUAUACUUAACCUGCAAAUGCGCAAUUCUGCUCGUACAUGAAAGAAGAAACCGUGAGAAAAGGGCUUCAGAGCUAUCUACUGCACAAAGUUCCCAGACACAAACUUCAAGCAUGAACAAACCUGAGAAUGCUACUUAUUUCACUGGUUGUUGUCCAAGUCCUUCCUUGCUUCGUUUCGGCAUGCAAUCCUCCAACUUUCGCCAACGGUCCCGUCGUCUAUUUCACAUUGGAGAAUCUAGCAAAGCAGUGAAUCAACCUUCUCCUUCAACGAGUGAAAUCCAACAAACACUUAUGUCUACCUCUGCGCCUCUUUCCUUUGACAAAAACCAUAGCUUAAACUCAAAUUUUUAAAUGUGUACUUCUUUUUUCGUGAGUGAAUAGUUAUUGAGCUCUUGUUUAACUGAAAUAAAACUUGACUAAGACAUCAUUAUUUAUACAUAUCAAUCGCAUUUAUUUUUUUAUAA